GGGGUGGGGGAACACGGCUGUCCAGCUCCCUGCUGCUCACAGCCCUGUGCCACCUCCACUAGCCACAACCAGACUGGCACAUGGCAGAACCUCGGUGGUGCCUUCAACCCCUGCCCACUCUGAGCUCCCACUCACAGCUGCAAUGGGCCUGGAGGCAGCCCCCGGGCUGGACACCAGUAUCCACCUCCACCACUGUGGGCUAGGCUGAGAUAGGAGGAGGUAGAAGACAGAAGACAAAGUUCCUGCCCGAGGAACACACUGAGAAAGGGGGACAGUGACCACACUGGGGAGCACAAAGGAGGGAGACCACUGGCUCCGAGUUGGGAAGGCUGUCUGGAGGAGGGGGCCUGAAGAAAGAAGCAGAAUCUCAGAACCUGGGCAGGGGGCAUAGGAGGGAGGCCUGGGCUGGGGCCCAUGCCCACUGGGCAAGAGGAGAAGGAAGGGCACAGUCCAGCUGCCCAAAGCCCCUGGAUGCACGAAUUAGGACUCAUCUUAGAGACAGGGAGGGACAUGGGGAUGUGGCCAGACAGCAGCCCAGUGCUAGGGUCCUGGGAGUCCCCGGCUAGCCGCCCACUGCGCAGAAGGGAGGGGGAGGGGAAGCUGGAAGCCCCUUAGAGGUGAUCUCCAUCUGGCCGUGCGGGAUAUCUAGGCCUCCAACGGCACCCCUCACACUCACCCACCCACCCCCAGCUUUCCAUCACCUGCCCUCUUCCCUACCCAUGACCUCAGACAUUUUCUCCUCUGACUCCAUGGCUCCUGAGAGGAGUCUCUGGCCAGACCUGCGGACCGACUGGCCGUAAUGAUUCCCACUGUGGGACUCGCAGUGCGCGUUCCAUUUUCCACUCCUUAGAGAAAUGUGUUGUAGUGCCCAUCCUCAUGUGCAUAACUUUGAUUUCUUUUACUUUAGUUCCUUAGAUUCCCAAAAGUGGUCAAAGGGUUGGGAUUUUUUCCCAGCUCUUGAUAUAGCCAGAUUAAUUUCCAAAAAGGCCAUACCAAUAUAUAACCCUGCAACGGUUGAACAGCACGUUGAUGUCACAGCAAUUUUACCAGCACUGGGUGUUCUCAAACCUGAGGACAUUUCUAGCACAGAAGGUGGGAAGUGUUACCUCGCUGGUCGUUGUUACUUGUUUUUGGGAGUUGCUUUCCUUCCACGCCUGAGGUUGAACCUUCCCCCAAAUAUUUGUAAGGCCGCCGCAUUCCCUCCUUCCUGAGUAUGCAGUGUUUUCAGGUUCUUUGCCCAUUUAUCUACAGGGGUCUUAACCUUUUGGUUGGGUAUGAGCUUUAUCUUAUCUAUUGUACAUUUUCCUUCAACACUGUUAUUUGUUUUUGUUGGGCUUUAAGCAGAGAAGGGACUUUUAGCUAGACCAGUGUUGUGGACACCUCCCCCUGACCCUGGUGUCCUGUCUCGGUGCUCACCACACCUGAGACCUUGUGCAGUGCCCUGGCUGCCUGUGGAUCUGCCCUCUCUAUUGUGCCCAUGGAGGAAAGGAUGGAGGCCACCAGCCUUGGUUGAGUGGAUGGCAUUCUGACAUUGGGCAGGGCAGGGCAAGGUGGAGGGCAGGUCGCUGCAGGCCCGGAGGCCAGGAGACUGUUGUGCAAGACAUGACAGUGACCUGGCCUAGAGCUGAUGAAUUUGAGCCCUUGACUGGGGCAGGGGACAGGAGAGAGAGGCGUGGAUGUGAGAGAUAUUUAGCUGGAAACUACUUCUCUCCACUUUGAUCAGCUAAGUGGGGAGCCAGGGGUCACUCUUAGGAUCAGGAAUGUGAUAAGAGCAGAGUACCUCAGUUUAGGGCUGGGAGCUCAGGGCUCCUGGGUGCUUUUGGUCAGUGCUGUGUGAGUGAAGCGGGCUGGGGUGGGAGGUGCCCAGGAGCUGCCCCUGCCUGUCUAGCCCUGCAGCAGAGCUCUGGGCCAAAGCUGCAGAAAGUUUCUGGUCCUGCUUCCUCCUUCCCUGGGCCAUUUCAGUGGCAUCCCAUGUUUGGCCAUGCUGGUAGCUAUGAGCCCAUUACAGAGGUGGUGCCACUGAGAUCCAGGCAGGGGAGAAGAUGGUCCAGUAUCACCGAGUGAGUUGGGUUGGAGGCAGCUUCUGCGGCAGGGGGGGCUGGGCUCUUGUCCCCACCCCUCCCCCUGCCUCCCGAGGCCAGGCUGGCGCCGGCCAGGGGAGCCGCAGCUGGUCCCCUGCUGGGCCCCUGACCUGCCCUUGGCCUCUGCCCCGACCCCGUCCCGCCUCGGUGGAAGCCCCAGCUCAGCCUACUCGCGGGUCCCACCCGACUGCUUCCUUCGGCUAGCACCCGUUGGCUCACCGGCCCCCAGGCCCGCCCCCGCAGCCCCGCCCCGGCCCGCCCCUCGGAGUUGUAACUCCACGUCCCAAGGCUGUCUCCAAGGUGGAAGCUGGGUCCAGCUGCCAGGAAGCGGCCGCUGAGCGGGCGCGCGGGGCUCGGCUUCCACGUGCGAGCCUGCACCGCCGCCCCGCCUUCUCCUAGCGGCCGGGCCUAGGGACUCCGUGCCCCGGAACGGCGCCCCCCGUUCCGCCGUGGCAGUGGCCGUGACCAGAACGUCUACGCGCGGUCGCCUACCGCCGGAUCGUGCUCCAGUGCCCGCGGCCCGACGUGUCAGAAGCCGAGCGCCGAUGGAGGGCCUGGGGCGCUCGUGCCUGUGGCUGCGCCGGGAGCUGUCGCCCCCGCGGCCGCAGCUGCUGCUCCUGGACUGCCGCAGCCGCGAGCUGUACGAGUCCGCGCGCAUCGGUGGGGCGCUGAGCGUGGCCCUACCCGCGCUGCUGCUGCGCCGCCUGCGGAGGGGCAGCCUGUCGGUGCGCGCGCUCCUGCCGGGACCGCCGCUCCAGCCGCCCCCGCCUGCCCCCGUACUCCUGUACGACCAGGGUGGGGGCCGGCGCCGGCGCGGGGAGGCCGAGGCUGAAACGGAGGAGUGGGAAGCCGAGUCAGUGCUGGGUACCCUGCUGCAGAAGCUGCGGGAGGAAGGCUACUUGGCCUACUACCUCCAGGGUGGCUUCAGCAGAUUCCAGGCCGAGUGCCCUCAUCUGUGUGAGACCAGCCUGAGUGGCCGUGCCAGCUCCAGCUUGGCCCCGCUGCCCAGUCCAGCCCCCGUGGUGGGGCUGGGCAGCCUGUGCCUGGGCUCCGACUGCUCUGAUGCGGAAUCCGAGGCUGACCGCGACUCCAUGAGCUGUGGCCUGGAUUCGGAGGGUGUCACACCCCCCACAGUGGGCCUGCGGGCAUCCUUCCCUGUCCAGAUCCUGCCCAAUCUCUACCUGGGCAGCGCCCGGGAUUCAGCCAACUUGGAAAGCCUGGCCAAACUGGGCAUUCGCUACAUCCUCAAUGUCACCCCCAACCUCCCAAACUUCUUCGAGAAGAAUGGUGACUUUCACUACAAGCAGAUCCCCAUCUCCGACCACUGGAGCCAGAACCUGUCGCAGUUCUUUCCGGAGGCCAUUGCAUUCAUCGAUGAAGCCUUGUCUCAGAACUGCGGGGUGCUCGUCCACUGCCUAGCGGGGGUCAGCCGCUCUGUCACCGUCACUGUGGCCUACCUCAUGCAGAAGCUCCACCUCUCUCUCAACGAUGCCUAUGACCUGGUGAAGAGGAAGAAGUCUAACAUCUCCCCCAACUUCAACUUCAUGGGGCAGUUGCUGGACUUCGAGCGCAGCCUGCGGCUGGAGGAGCGCCGAUCGCAGGAGCAGGCCACCGGGGAGCAGGCGUCCGCGACCUCCGACCCGCCCUCCUUCUUCACCACCCCCACCAGCGAUGGCGCCUUCGAGCUGGCCCCCACCUAGGGCACCGUAGCAAGCAGGCUGGCCCCUGCCCCACCUCCACCCAUGGGUGUCCCUGGUCACCCGUGAGGCGAGGGAGGGGAGGGUGGGAGGGCUCGGCCUGAGCAGGGGGCUGGGGGGAGAGCGCAAUACCUCACGCGGGCUGGCGUCCUAAUCAACGUGCCUACGGCAGGACCACGCUUUGAGCCUGCCUCUUCUGCGACUGUUACUCUUUUCUUUGCGGGAUGGGAGUGGGGUUCCUCUCCAGGUGACUGUCCAGGCGCUGGCCCCAGCCCUGGGUGCUCAGCCAGCUCGGCUGGGCCUUGUGCCCCCCUGUGCUUCCCUCUUCUGGAAGGGGGUGUGCCACCUCGUUGCCACAGGGACUGCCUCCCAGUUCCUUCCCUGUCCUCAAAUGGCCACUUGGAGGAGGAGGAGUUUGCCAUCACUGGUGUUGUCACCUCCCUGCCUCUCCACCAAGGGCUUGGGGUUCUCAGGGCUGGGGCCUCUCAGGGCAUCCAUGGCCUGGGAGCCACUGGGCAGUUCCUGGCCACACAUCUGGUGUGCUGUUGUUUUUUUUUUUUUUUUUUCCCCUCUUCCCCCAGAUGUCUUGACAGGAUCACUGGUGCUCUUUGUGAGUGAGGGUGGUCAUACUGCCGCCGGAGGAGACGGGGUCUCAGAGCGGGAUCUGGGAAGGGGGAGGGGAAGAAGAAGGCCUCACUUUUGCUGCUUUGUGGGGCGGGGAAGGGCCUAAGUCAUUCACUGAUGUCCACACCCCUGCUGGUGGUGGGUGCGCAUGGGCGCACAUCGGCACUCACGCGCACGCUAGUCCACGGAUGCGCCCAACCCAGGGCUGGCAGUCUCGGCGGCGCAGGACCAUCUCACCCUGGAGCCUGGAGAGGAGCUAUGCUUCUUCAUUUUUGUAAUCCACCUCAUAGUUGCUUUCUUUAAUUGUUCCUUCUGAAUAAACAGUUUAUUUAAGAUA